ACGCUUCUCUCAAGUCUCAAUUUUACAACUCAUUCAAAAGCGGGUUCCUUGUCUUUCUAGAACACCCACCCUACCUGUCAUCUCUCUCUAUAUAUAUAUUCUCUCUCUAUAUAUAAAUUACAACUCUCUACAGUUUACACAUAUAUAUAGCCCAACAAAAGUAAUCUCUGCUCUCUACAUAUUAAAUGGCUCGAUAUCUGACAAACGCUAAGCUUCUCGCUACUUCCACUAUAGAUGGCCUUUCCUUCAAUAUCAUCAGGCGAGGUUACGCUGCAACAUCACAAGGAGCUGUGGUGGCUGAGGGAGGGUCCUCCAGAGGAAUGGUGGGGAAGGUGGAAGGGACGGCAGUGAUUAAAGAGAAGUCUGCAUGGGUCCCAGAUCCAAUCACUGGAUACUACAAGCCCACUGAUCGUCCGGCCGAGAUUGACGCGGUGGAGCUUCGAGAGAUGCUAUUGAAUCACAAGGUAGUAAAACCACAAUGAGUCCGAAGUGAAAAAAAAAAAUUGGAUAGGGUCAAUUGUAUAAGAGAAUUGGGUGGUUAGUCUGAUCUCUCGUAUCCUCUGUUGUAUUCAGAUUGUAUUGGUGUACAUGAAUGGUGCCAAGUUCUUAAGAUACUUAACUUUCAAAAAAAUUAAAAAAAAUUCCGAAAAUACAUAUAUUAUUUGUA